AGAGAGAGAGAGAGAGAGAGAGAGAGAGAGAGAGAGAAAAGGACAGAUUGCAGAACAAUAAAACUGGAAGAAAAGCAAAAAUAGUAUCUGCCGAAAUACUUAACGUCGAUAUGGCAUUGAGACAAUAUCGCGUCGGCAGGGGUAGUAAGAGGGUAAAAGUUACGCCGCGUCGGCGCAGUAGCAUGUUUAUUGAUUUUGCAAGCAAAGCUAUCCCAUACAGCCCGACAUCGAUUCAACCGCGAAGGAGAACCGAGCACCGGUUUGACAGUCGAUAUAAUCGGAGAGUCCAAUCCGUUCGACGAAAAGGGUGGGAACGGCUCUGCUCGACGGAAUCUCUGAACGGAUCUCGCGGCGCGUCUUGUUCAGUGUGCGAAUGUAACGGCAGGCUGCACGUUUCAUUUGGUGGCUGGGGAAAUACGCUCCGACGGGCGAGCGUUUCCGUAUUCCGCGCGAAAGCGAGCACGAAAUCAUGCAGAACUAUGGACACGAGGAUUACGACUAUGGUAUGUCGAACGAUGCCCAAUCAUCGGGCAGAGUUCUUCCUCAGAUGCCGAACGCCAGGCCGAUGGUGGAUCCGCAGGCUGAGGGUGAGGUCGAUCCCACCAUGUACCCCCAACCAAAAGAGGCCACGCACAAGAUUCGUGGUAAAAGCGACAUCCUGGAGUACCUCUUCGGUGCCGUCGACCAGGAACUCCUCACCGUGAAGACUUUCUAUUUUUUCUUCUAUUCGGCCUUCGGCUCCCUAUUUCCGCUUAUGGGGGUGUAUUUCAAGCAGAUGGGCAUGAACGCGGGUCAAUGCGGCCUUCUCAUCGGUCUCAGGCCGUUCAUUGAAUUUCUGAGCGCCCCUUUCUGGGGUUCCUUGGCCGAUAGAUGGCAAAAAGGCAAACUUCUCUUAUUGGCUUCCCUUUCUUGCUGGAUUAUUUUCACUCUGCCGUUGGGCUUCAUUCAGCCCCCGCCCACCUCUUGUAUGGUUAGUACAAAUGACACUCCUUAUCUGGAAGCGUCCAAUAGGGAACAAAGAAUUGUAAAAAGAUCGACAGAUUUGAGUGACUUGUAUUAUCCCGAGAAUAAAGAGGAAUAUCUGGAGGUCGCAUCUAACGUCGUCUUCGAAAGAUUACGACGAAAUACGGAUGAUAACGAAGUAUUUGAUUAUAAGAAGAAGCCGAACUCAAAGGAAUUUAAUGCAUUUGAACCUUAUGACAUUGAGAAAAAUGACGUUAGAAAAUCCAAUAAAGGCGGUUAUAUUAUAUACGAUUUGAGAAACAACAGAGUCAGAAGACAAACAUCCCUCACGGAUAAGGAUGAUGCCGGAAAUCUCAGGUAUAAAUUAUUAUCAGAAGGCAAUGUUGACAAUGCGGAUGCGACGGGGAUUGACUUGGAAACGUUGCAAAAGAAAAAUCGUCCAGCCGAUGUGUUGGAAUACAAACGUUUCAUGAAGAACGAACCAGUGCAGGCUGAGAGAACAGUUCCGAAAAAGGCUUACGUUCAUACCAAAACGCGUGUGAAACCACCACCGGAGAAGAUAAUGGUAAAGCGAGAUGUGGAAAAAGGGCAAACGUUUUUGGACGAGGAUGACAUGGUUAAAAUCAAUGACAAUGAAGAAGAAAACGAAAAAAAUAUAGAUAUGUCAUUGGUGAGACGUCGCAGAAGUAUAAGAAUGCUUCACGGCCCGAUUGGACCUAAUCAAUUGUCACCUCUAUCGGUCACUUAUGCUUCAAAUUAUAACGAAAAAGAGAAUAAGGAAUGGGUGAAGCCGCUUUUCAGUUCCAUAGUCUACAGAUUACCGGAUAUUCAAAAAACAUUCUUCCUUCUAUUAUUGUUGGUGGUAGUCGGUGAAUUUUUUUCGGCACCUGCCAUAACAUUAGCCGAUUCAGCUGUUAUUACUUUACUUGGUGAAGACGCUGAUAGAUAUGGUCAUCAACGCAUGUUUGGAAGUCUCGGAUGGGGUUUAGCCAUGUUUUUCGUUGGAAUCGCUCUCGAUCAUAGCACCGCUUUUCCGGAUCAUCCCUGCAAACCUGAUGAGAGAGAAAAAAAUUACACGAUUUGUUUUGCAAUAUUUAGCGUUUUAAUGGGUGCCGCAUUGAUAACAGCAACACAAAUUAAUUUUAAGUAUGACUUUGCUUCUGCUGAGCCGGAAGUAGUGAAACCUCCAGCCGAGCCAACACGGGAAGAGCAGCUUCAAAGUCAGUUAUCCCAGCAACUUAAUCUGCCUGGGCUUCAGGAUUCUUCCGCCGCUGUAGAUCCAAAGCCUCCGCCUCCCGAAGGGAAGACCAAGAUGUUUGCCCAAACGAUGAAGGAAAUACCAGAGUGGGUGACAGUGUUGAAGCAAUUUAAGGAUGUAAAAUGCGCGUCGUUUCUUUUCGUCGCGUGGUUCAUGGGAUUUGGCAUAGGAUUAAUCUUCACUUUCCUAUUCUGGCAUCUCCAGGAUUACGGUGGUUCGCCGACUCUCUUCGGCGUUGCGUCUGUGAUCAAUCAUAUUUCCGAGAUCUUUGCGUACUUCUUCAGUUUCAAACUUAUUCGACAGAUCGGGCACGUGAAGGUAUUGUGUCUGGGUCUGGGCGGGAAUAUACUCCGAUUUCUCUAUAUAUCCUGGCUGAAAAAUCCAUGGUGGGUAUUACCCUUCGAAUUUAUUCAGGGUAUCACGCACGCGGCAGUAUGGGCAGCAUGCUGCAGUUACAUCGCUCAUAAUACACCGGCACAAUUGCGUUCGAGCGCGCAGGGUGUUCUUCAGGGACUUCAUCAUGGACUUGGAAGAGGUUGCGGUGCGGUAAUUGGUGGCAUGUUCGUCGCAGCUUAUGGUACGACAGCGACUUUCCGAGCAUACGGUCUCAUCUGCAUCAUCGUCCUAGCAGUCUUUGUGUUCAUCAAUUUCUACAGAAAGGAUACCGGCUUUGUAUCCGAGCUACCGCAGACGGAAGAUCCGCAUCAAGUAGCCGAGGCUACUCACUUGGCACCGCACGGUGUACCGAGCAAUGCGAUACCGCGUGCCCUCAGUUCCACUCGCUUGCACGAACUGGCUAAUCAAGAUGCUGGCUACGGGGCGACUUAUCAGACCGCUGGUGGAAAUCUCGCGGUACCCGGUGCUAACGGAGGCCCUGGCAACCCAAUGAACCCAUUCUUAAACGGCGGAGGUGGCGGCGAAGGUGGAUAUAAUUACGGUAUGACUGGCAAGGGAGAGGACGAGUAUAUUCGUAGGAGCUUCCAGAUCUACAGUGAAGUGGUCGGUAGGGAAUUCGAUGUCGUAAAACCAACUAUCCAACUACACGCCCAACAACCAUGCACCAAUCCCUUUCAUCAACACGACUACGACUGGUAACGACUCGAUCUGUCGCGAUGCCGCGGGUUGUUCCCCACGACGAUAUACUGAAAUGUGCUUAAGAAGACAUUACUGAACAAAUAGUAACAUAAAUAUAAAUAUCCAUACAGAUAGGUACGUAUGCGUGCAUAGGAAUCCACGUGCAAAGCACAUGUAAGACAAAUGUAAUAAGAUUAAUGAACUCGAAUAAUUCUAUGUAUUUAAAUUUUAAAAGUCUUUAACUUACAAUUAGAGUCGACUUCUCCGUGGUCGGUAUAUCGUGAAGAAUCAUUCGUUGUAAGAUUUCUAAUAUUUUAAGGAAACAUUAAUGAUGCUCUUUUGUAAUUUAAAUAGUCGUUGACACUGUAAGCUGCGAAAUGAUUGACUUCGAAUUUGACCAAAAGAAAAUGCAUCGUUCAGGCUUUUAUAAAUAAAUAU